AUGGGACACAUUUUGAGAGCAUGUAGCUCUACGUUUGCUGAACCAAUUUCUCGAAAAAGACCGAAUUCAGUUGAACCAACCGGAGAUCAUAUGAAGAAACUAGCAGCAAUUGAAGGACCAAUUUCAGAAGAUAUAAAUGAUAGUGAGUUAGCCGCAAUGACACAUAAGGAAAAAGAUCUAGAUAUCGGGAUCAUAUCUGCUAAGGUUGCAGGUAUGCCUUGCGAGUUUCUCAUAGAUUCGGGGGCUCAAGUAAACACAUUCACAACACGAUUGUUUGAAAAAUUAAGAUCUCAAGAGAAUUAUCUUCAAGCGGUAUAUAAUGUCAACAAAACGUCUGAUAAAUUACUUAAAGCAUAUGCAACGUCUGCUGAAAUAUCUGUACAUGCAACUUUUGAAGCCUUUUUGUACAUAUCUGAAGAUAGACCAAAGUAUCUAGAAAAAUUCUACGUUGUUGAUGAGCAACGAUGUUUACUAGGCAGACCUACAGCCACUCGUUAUAAUGUUCUUCUUUUGGGAUUGAAGGUUCCGAUAAUUGAUCAGCCAAGUUAUUCCCCAACCAACGUACGCGUAAUUUGCAGUCUUACAAAUAAGGAAAUAUUUCCUAAGUUUAACAUUCCUGCCAUCAAAAUUAAUUUCGAUAGAUCGGCCCCACCUUGCAGAAAUAUUUAUACAAACAUACCGAUAUCUCUGAAGCCUCUAGUACGUCAAAGACUGGAUCAAUUAGUAAAAUCCGAUAUAAUUGAAAAAGUUGAAUCUGGAAUGGACACUUCAUUUUGCUCUUCCAUGUUGGUGGUUCCAAAGGGUAAAGACAACAUACGGCUAGUUAUUGAUCUUAGAGGACCCAACAAAUAUAUCUACAGAUCUCCCUUUAUCAUGCCAACGUUGGAAAGUAUUCUAGCUGACCUGAAUGGAUCUAGCUGGUUCUCCACAAUAGAUUUGUCAAAUGCUUUCCAUCAUAUCGUACUUGACGAAGAAUCACGACAUUUAACAAAUUUUUUCACUGAAUUUGGAAUGUUCCGGUGUGUGAGAAUGCCAUUUGGAUUAUGCAACGCUCCCGAUAUUUUCCAGGAAGUACUUCAGCGCAAGAUUUUGAUUGGUUGUAAGGGAGUUAAAAAUUAUCUUGAUGAUAUCUUAAUCUUUGGUCCUACCAGGGAUGAACAUGACGAAAAUCUAAAAAAUGUUAUGGCACGAUUGAAAGAGCAUAAUGUGAAAUUGAAUGAGUCUAAAUGUUGUUUCGGUCAGCAGUCAGUAAUAUUCCUUGGAUUCAAACUAACGACUAGUGGAUGGGAGAUAGAAGAUGAAAAGAUUAAAGCUAUCAGAAACUUCAAAAGUCCCGCGACUUGUUCGGAAGUGAAGAGUUUCUUGGGACUUGUAACAUUUGUUGAUAGAUUCCUAAUAAAUCGCGCCGAUAAAACCAAACAUCUGAGAGACCUGGUGAACAAAAAUCAAUUUUACUGGACGAAAAAGGAGGAGGAAGAAUUCAAACAUCUUAGAGAUUUAACCGCUUGUACCAUACAGAGACUGGGAUACUACAAUCCUCGUGAUAGAACUGAGCUACUAGUUGAUGCUUCUCCAAUUGGGCUUGGUGCUGUACUGGUGCAGUUCAAUGAAAAAUCUACACCUCGUGUAAUUUCUUGUGCAUCCAAAUCGCUUACCCCUACAGAGCAGCGUUACCCUCAAACACAUAAAGAAGCGUUGGCUGUAGUAUGGGGCGUUGAGCGUUUUUCAACAUAUCUUUUGAAUAUCUCAUUCAUUGUACGUACCGAUGCUGAAGCUAAUGAAUUUAUAUUUAAUGGAAAAUACCGUUUAGGACGUCGUGCAAUAUCCAGAGCUGAAUCAUGGGCAUUACGUCUCCAACAAUACGACUUUUCUAUUCAAAGAAUUCCAGGAAACUUGAAUAUAGCAGAUGUCCUUUCUAGAUUGAUUAAUAACACCAAAGAAGCUGUUCCUUUUGAUGCCGAUGACGAUAAUCAUUUUCUAUAUACUCUAGAUGCUGGAUGUAUGAAUGUAACGUGGCAAGAAAUAGAAAAACAAACGGAACGUGAUGAAGAAUUACAAAAAGUCAAAUUGGCUAUAAAAACACAUAAAUGGCAUGGAAACUUGAAUCGUUUCGAAGCCCAUAAAAAGGAACUUAGAUUUUUAGGAAACCUCAUUUUCAAAGACAACAAAGUGGUUUUACCGCAAACAUUAAAAAUAAAAGCAAUAAAGUCAGCACAUGAAGGUCAUAUUGGAGAAGUUGCUAUGAAGCGAAUAAUGCGAGAUUUUUUCUGGUGGCCUGGAAUGUCAACGGAUAUUGGAAAGUUCAUCAAAGCUUGUGAAACUUGCAUUAUGAUAUCUAAAAAGAAUCCUCCAGUCCCAUUGUCAUGCAGAGAGCUCCCGGAUGGUCCAUGGGAAAUAAUACAAAUUGAUUUUCUAUCAAUUCCUGGAUGCGGCUCCGGUGAGUUCCUCAUUGUAGUCGAUACAUACUCGAGAUAUAUAUCCGUUGUUGAAAUGCGGGCUAUAGAUGCUGACUGCACAAAUGCUGCCUUAUGCAAAAUUUUCCUACUUUGGGGACUUCCUAAAAUCAUUCAAAGUGAUAAUGGUCCUCCAUUCAAAAGCACGAAUUUUGUUACAACCUGGGAAGAUAAAGGAGUUCGGGUACGAAAGGCCAUUCCACUGAGUCCUCAAUCGAAUGGAUCAGUCGAACGCCAAAACCAAGGCAUAAUUAAAGCUAUAACAGCAGCAAAAAUUGAUGGAACAAACUGGAGGAGCGCUUUACAGAAAUAUGUUCACAAUCACAAUACUCUGAUUCCACAUUCACGAUUGAACGUUACUCCAUUUGAAUUGCUAGUUGGAUGGAAAUUCAGGGGAAACUUUCCUUCUCUCUGGAUGUAUGAAGGGGAACUAGAUCGUUGCGAUAUUCGGGAAAGAGAUGCUGAGGCCAAAUUGAAGAGCAAAGUAUAUGCGGAUGCUACUCGUCAUGCUAUGAACUCCAACAUUGUAAUAGGAGAUUGGGUUUUAUUAGCACAUCCAAAGAAAACAAAAACAGAUCCAACAUUCCCAGCUGAACGGUUUCGAGUCAUUGCAAUGGAUGGCCCAAAAAUCGUAGUAAUGAGUAUGAACGGUAUUCAGUACACUAGAAACGUGCAGGAAGUUAAACGAGUUUCGCCAAGUAUUAAUGAACCUGAGCAAGCACCAUGUGAAACUUCAACACAACGGUUGAGAAACAAUGAACUACGCACUGACGAAGGAAAAUCCCUACCACUUACAAUUACCAACGAAGAAACAAGCCUAGAAGAAGCCCAUGUGAACAACGAAAUGGAAAGUGCCGGAAAACGAUGUUUGGGAAAAUCCAAGAUGUUGACUUCCGGUCUAUUGGCAUUCCUUAACAAUCCUUACUAA